AUGGGUUCGGUCCGUGAAGCGUUUGGAAAUAUGAAUUCGCCCAAAGAUGUUCUAUCAUUUGUAGCAGUAGUGUUUGCAGCACUCUUUGGCUCGUGUGCUAUUCUUGUGUUGUUAGCUAUAUUGAAUAUUAUCCCUAUCGCCAUGAUAGCAGUUGGUGCAUUACAUCUUCACGAUUGCCGGAUAAACCCAAUGAUACCUAUCUGGUUGAUCGUUUCUGGCUCCACGUCACUAGUUCAAAGUGCCCUCAGCCCCAUCGCCAAAUCCGAGGCCGCAUCAUGCUUUACAAUCUUGGCAAGAGCUUUGUUGGGAUUGCUUAGUCUAUUUCAUUUCGUUUGGCUCAUCUUGGGUUCCGUGUGGGUGUACGGCGCUUAUGGCAAAGUCAGCUACGAGCCUGUUUCCGUUGAUUAUUGUGACAAAGCGACUUUUCUGUUCCCAUUUAUCGUCCUGACGAUUGCUUAUUCGCUUAUUGCACUAUUGUGCGUUACCUUAUGUUGUUUAUGUUGCUGUGCUUGUUGCAUCGGCAAAUGAGGAGAUUUUCGCAACGCCAUGACACUACUUUGUGAGUCUGCCCCAUUGUGCUCGAUAAGUUUCGAUGCCCAACUGCUUAUGCUGUGAUAAAUA